GGCGGGGCGGGCGUGGGGGCGGAUGGUGCGGGCGGGGAGGAGGAGGGCCCGAAGAAGAAGAAGAAAAAGGAGGGCCCGGGCGUGACGGCGCGCAACAUGUCGGAGGACGCGCGGAAGAAGAUGUCGAACGCGGUCGCGAGUCAGGCGGCGGGGCUGCCCACGGGCAAGUACGCAUGGAUGACGCAGGCGACUGCGGCGGCCCCACCGAAGCCGAAGGCUGCGGCGACGGCGGGGGGCACAGCGGGUAGUGGGGCGACGACGCCUGCGACGACAACGGCGCCGGCAGCGUCCGCGAAGUCGGGGUCAUGGGCGAGAGCGUACACGAGGACAAGUCAGACGCAGCAGAAGGAGGAGGAUUCGAGAAGACCGAUCACUAUGAGGGAUGCGCUGUUUGUGAUUGAGAAGGAGAAGGGGCAUGGGGGAGGCAGGGGCUCUGCGAGGGGGUGGACCUGAGCGUGUCCUCGCUCUCUGCCUCUCGUGGACACUGUAUCGUUAUGCUCUGCUGCUGCUCUCGUUGCCUAUGUAGAUGUACUCAUUCAGCAUUUGAUGAACACUGGGGUAUAACCGAAUGCCACCAGAAUUGAUACCAUUCACUGCG